AUGAAUAUUAUGACAGUGAAGCAGGCAAAUGACGAGUCUGAACAAAGUUGCCUUAACGGGACAGGCGAGUUUCGGUAAGAGGCGUCCUCUUUCUUCCUUUUGAGGCGCCGCCCCAACCUUUUGGCGGAUCUCCUUUGCUUACUUGUUUUUUCUUCGUUUUUUUUUUCCUUUUUUUUCGAAAGGUUAGGCAAAGUAAGAUGGGGAGAUAAGGUUUUUUCGUUUUUUUUUUCGUAACGAAGGUAACUGACAAAAGAGGGCGUUUGAGAUUUCACAAGCCAUAGAACUUGUAAGAACUCAGAAAAGUAAUAUUUGAAAGAAAAAUUGGCUCAAAAGAGUUCCAAAAAAUUAGGGUUGAAAAAAGUGAAAAAUUCGGUUUCAUGAUUAUAUGAAUUUUGAAAAAUAGUGCUGAGAUUCAAAAAUUUUAAAGCCCAGCAGGUAAUUGAUGGGAAAAAAAGUUAACAGCGACAAAAAAAUGGAAAAAUGUUACCGAAAUCAGAAAAACCAAAAAAAGAGUAUCAAUAUGAAAUGACCAAAAUUUUGGGGAAAAACUUCGAAGGGAUAAUUUUUAUGAUCCUCAACAUCCACAUAAAAUUUUGGUUAGAGUUUAAUCCGAAUCGGCAAAAAAUUACUACAUGCACACAGAGAAAAAAAAUUUUUCAAUCCGAUGAAAGUAAAAGAUCGGAGAAGCUGAUGUGAAGGAAAAUCAAACUUAAAUUUUUUAUCUUCAGAACUUUCAACUCAUUUGAUUUUCCCACAGAAUCAUCUCUGAAAAACGAAAUCGAGAAAUGAACAAGCUUGAAUAACGGAAACGAAAAAAAAGGCAACACUCCCCAAGGAGAUGUUUUCAGCGACAAGAAGAUCGUUUUUCAAAGCAGAUCAAUGUAAGCGAUGGGCGCGUCACAUCUCUUCUCAUAAUGUUAUCUUUGUCCGAAUUUCCCCGCUUUCACUGUUGCGAUCGAACCUUUUUUGGUGUUUUUGUCUUGCUUUUUCACUUCCGAUUGGGAAAUCACCACUUGUCUUCUCCAUAAAUCUUGUUUCAAUUUUUUCAGGUCAACUUUUUUCUAUUUCGUCUGGACUUAAGGUCAUUUGGAAGCAACUUUUAGGUUGUCUAGCGAGUUUUUUAAAGAUACAAAACAUCGUAAAAUCCCGAUAAUGACCGCUUUUUUAUCACCAACUGUUUCUUCUAACAGUUUCCCUUUUUAUUGCCGUGACGUGUAGUGCAGCUGACUAAACUGUGGUUAGAGUCUUUUCUGAGAGUUUCAGAACUACUGAACAUGAUGGUCAAAAAAGGCCUUGCAAUCGAUCAGAGGAAUAUUGAAAAUUUUGAAAAAGUUGAUUGAAUAGAGGAAAACCGGCUUCCUCGUAAAUUUUUCUGCACGCAACUGCUUUCGCUUCUGAAUUACAAACCUUGGAAUAGGUUGCUUGAAAAAGUAGGGAAUUUGAUUAUAACUGUACUUAGAGAAAGUAUUUCUUGAUGUUAUCUCCAAGGGCUUUUAAACAUUUCUAGUACAUAUAUUUUUGUCAGAAAGCGUUAAUUGAAUUUUUUUGAUUUUUGAGAAAAAUUGUUGAGUUUUUUUACUUUUUUUAAACAAGAGGUGAAAAAGCCCUUGCAGUAUAUUUUUUAUUUUUUAUUAUAUCAUCUUCCGUUUUCGAAGAUUACGAAAAGUCUUUUGAAUCCCUUUCAUCAUUUCCAACUCAAAAAAUUCUCCGAUGUGAUUCACUCCCCACGUCAAGCCUUUGAUUAUUUUCCUCACUAACAACAUUUUAACGAGCAGAGCUUGUAAAAAAGCUUCUCCAUAGGAAGACACGUUGCGAAGACAACGCCUCGGAGUUUAUUACAGUUAAGGACAUGGAGAUACGGACGGCUUAUCAGCUCGUAAACGAUGAAGCGGCGUCGAGAACCGAAAGAAAAGGCCACUCGCCCGUUGGCAUCGCUGCUCUGCCAUGCGGCUUCUCAUAGCCGUUUUCGCGGCUUUUGCCGCAGCAAUCGCUGCUCCGCAAAAUGGUAAUUUUCAGAUUUUUGGAGAUUAAUGGAGAAAAAAAUUCAGUAAGUCUGAAGGAUUAUGUAAUGUUGAGAAAAGUCAAAGGGUUUAAAUGUAACGUGAAAGUUGGAGAACAAGUUACAUAAAUAUUAUUUUGCUGUUAUUUGACAAAAACCAAUAAAUUGGAGUAUAUUUUCUUAAUGAAGUUCUUCUACAAACGGAUAGUGUCAAACUGUAGGUCCUUUUUUCGGAUAAAAACGGCCUCUAGUCUUCUGAAAUUACUAUUUUACAAAAAAUUGUGCUAAACUUUAAGAAAAGGCUUUUUUCCUUUUGGUAAGAAUUUUCUUAAAAGAAAGCGAAUUUAGACAAAAAGGCUCUCUUCAAAAACCUUUCGCUUCAGGAUUUCUGGAAUCGUUCAUCAGCAGGCCGAUCGACUUUCAGAGCCUUCCAAACUACUAUCCACCACUUCCUGAAGUCCACACAAGAUCAAAAAGGGCAGUUAUCGGCCUUUCAAACUCCUGCGAGCCCGGAUGGACUGGAGCCAACUGCGAGAAUCGUAAAUGAAUGAAAAACUCUUAAAGUUCAAGAUUUGAUUCAGCAAUUUGCUCUUCGAGUUCAACUCCCGCCGCUGUCGGGCAAACGUCGAACAUCGAAAUUUUGUUCUUGGAAGGCAGCUGCAAUGGAGCGUUAGUCAAAUUUUGAGGGAAUUUAAAAUAAAAUUGGUUCAGUUACUACAUCCCGAUUGAUUCCGACGCCGCCAGCAACCUGCAAAUCCACAUUUCUGCUUCUGGGGUGCCUUACCUCAACUUGACUGCCGCCAAUGGUGGGAUAAAACUUUCUGAGAGAAUUUCACGAAUUUUCUAGGAAUCAUCGCCAACGCUUCUUACGUCUACCUGGGCGAUGGUUACGCACUUUACACGUUCAGUGGAAUCACUCCUGGCGGAUAUUCUUUGACUGUUGAUAACCAAAAUACUCCAACGACUCAAUGUAUCAUCGAAGUCAGCGUGAGUGUUCGGAUCUGUUCGUAAAAAUGGACUAGAACUUUCAAGAAAGAAUAGUUCUUUUCUGGCAAGGAAACUAGAUUGGAAGUUUCGAAGCUCUUUGCCAGGAACGUUUCACAGAAAUUGAAAAAGAAUCUUUACCAAAAAACAAUACAAAAACCUUUUUUUUCACCGCUUUCUUGUAAUUCGUAUCAUUCUCUCCAAUUUUUGCUUGAAACAGUACGAAACCCUUUUCAGACCUACACUGACCUGAAAGUCUCGCAAGGAUUCGUCUACCAGCCUCAGGAUGACGUUCCACCUUUUGGAGAAAGCGCAGUUUCUGGAGUGCCCAUGUACUUGGUCGCACACGCUCAGAACGCAGUUCAGCCAGCUCGUAAGAACUGAAAAACUAAGAUUGAGUACAAUAUUGAGAUCUGAUCAUUUUAAGGCUUGAAACAACCAAAAAUAUAAAGACAGCGUGUCCGAUAAUCCAUGAAACCAACAGAAGAAAAAAACCUAGAAUAACUGUUGCGAAAAUCUGAGGAUUUAUUAAAUAAUUCAGAAAAAUAGUUAUUUUUCGUGACAAAUCUGCUCUACCGCACACUAUAUUUGAUUUUUUUCGAAAAAAAUUUUUCAAUAUCCAUUUUUUUCAGAAAUUUUCAAUUUUAUCAGUUUUUUUCUCUGUCAUGUAGCGUUUCUUCCUUUUACACUUUUCCACACCUUUUUCAAAAAUAAUUUCUUCCCUCAUAUGACGAAAAUCUGAUUAUCAGCCAUGAAAUCCGCAUUCAGAGACCAACGCAGUGACUAUUCGAACUGGCGCCUCGCUGACGCCCACUUAUCGCUCGCUGCUAACAAAACGGUACGUCACAAAUGCGCUUUUGGUCUUGAUAAUCGGCUCAGUAGCAGUCGUUAACUAUAAGCUUAUCACUGCCUAAUAGACAAGAAAAAAGUGGAAUUCUUGAUUAUUCCCUGAAGAACGCGGAAACAGCCUGAUUGACACUUGAUUUGGUCCGUUUUCGAUCAUAAAGGUCACUAUUUUCAUGGUGUCGUUUUUUCUUUGAACCAAAAAAUUUUUCAAACUUAUCAGCUCUCAUCAAGGAAGAAAAAGUUCGAUAUUCUGUUAUACACUAAAGAUGCGGGAACAAUGAAUUAUUGACAGGCAAAAAUUUUGUUUCAAAAAUAAACUCUCAGAAAAACUUGAUGAGAUGUUUCGAUGAGCUCACGAUAUCAUACUUUGCUGUUUCUUUAUUGUGUUAAAUUUUCUGGAGCCAAAAACUCAUGAAAUUUACCUGAAAACACGAAAAAAGCUCGAGAAGCAAGAAAAAUGAGGAUUUUCGUGAAAUACCGGCUGUGAAAUAAUUUUUCAGUUACAAAAAGCUUAAUUCCGUAUUUCGAUUUAAAUUUCGAAAAACGGAAGAUUACUCGAUUCCCAGUACAAAAAUUGUUUCUAACCUUUUGAAAACCUUGCAAUUCUUUUUAAAAUUUUUCGUUCCAAAUAAAGAUGAGCAAAAAUUACAAAGAAGUGAGCUUUUCAGGUACGGCUGCGGCUAUGAACUCUACGCUGGACAGUUCCAAUGCAGCCUUGGCGCAACUUAUUUCUAUCAUGUUUGUUUUCAAUCACCCUCUUGAUUUUUUUUUAAUUUUCAGGUUGACGGUACCGAUCCACUCGGAUACCCCUACCGCCGUACCGGUCGCUUCACUUGCAUGGGUACUAGCAGAACCUCGUUCUAAGUUUAUUUUCGGAAUUUGUAGAACAAGUCACGACUUCGGCCCCUGUCACAGUGGCUCCUUCAACAAGCGCUCCGAUCUCGUUCUGCUACAACAACGGAACUCUUCUGAGGCCUGCCAGUGGAGCUACAUCGAUGUGCUUCUGUCCAGAACUGUACAGCGGACCUCAGUGUGAAAAGGUACGUCAAUUUGAGUUUUGCAAUUUCUGCAAAAAACGAGUAAACUAAACUAUUGGAGCCUUAGAAAAAAACAAGGUGAGAACUGUAGAUUGCUGAUUCAAAAAAAAAACUAUCAAAAAAAAAUCACUCCAAUUACGCGACGUUUUUAAUUUGUAUUUGAGCCAUGAAACCAGGCUUUUCUCUAUGGGCAAAAAAAUAAACUUUCUGAACACUUGAAGGUUCUUUCAACGCAAAAAAUUUGAGGUCAUUCGAUAUGCUCAUAAAAAUCAGCUUUUGAAGACGUUUUUUGAGGGAAAGGUGUAGAAAACCUUCAGCCGAACUUGGCUUUUUCCUUCUUUCUUUUUUUUGUAUUAUUUGAUGGCUUUGUUCCAGCCAAACUGCAUGAACGGCGGUUACCCAGACCCGAUCACCGGUUUGAACUGCGUCUGUCCUGACGGCUACUAUGGUCCCAACUGUCAAGAUGGUAAGAUACAAAAUUUUUACCUCAGAAAAAUAUAAUACUUACAGUAAUCUGUCCGCUCAACUGGGAGCCGUACCUGGUCGACUACAAAACUUUGGUUGUAAUCAUCCGCGACACCCAAUCCAUGGCCCAAUAUGUUCCGGCCAUUUCAACCGCAAUCAAAAACGAGGUCUUACACAGUUUUACUGUUUCAAGCAUUUACUGAAAAAUGAUUUCCAGUUGAUGGAAGGAAAUUCGUACGACUACGACAUCUACAAGGGCUACAUUUUGGUCAAAUUCGCCAACAACUGUGAGCAUUUAUCAUUGAUUUUUAGUGAAAAAUAACUUUUCUUUUUAGCUUAUACUUCGAAAUACUAUCCGUCGUACAGCCAGGAUGAUUUUAUCAACGAUUUGAGCAAACCUUCGACGAAUCCUGGAGGAUGUAACGAAACAACUUUUGACGCCAUAAUCAGCGUCUUCAACUUGGUGAGGAUGAAAAGAUGAAAUUGUGAAAUUUAUUAUGAGCUUUGAUAUUUUCCAUUCAAGUCACGAAAAGCGCCUAGUGUCCACUUGAUGGAAGAAAUUCGGAAAAUAUUUACGAAUUUUAACCAAAGAAGCUCUUACUUUUCAGAAAAACGAAUCAAAAUCUAAAAUAUAGUUAAACGUGAAGUUCGAUCGCUAAACAACAUUCUGCUCUCUAGAAAAAAAUUCAUAAUUUUUCUUGAAGGUAGAAUGAACAUUAUUUUACUGUUUCAGGCCGUUUACCAAAGGUCUCCAUUCUACCUUUUCACCGACGCGUUAGCUUUGGAUUCCGACAAAUGGCAAAGUGUGACCGAAUCCAACACUCGUGAAAAGUUCCCGGUAAAACGAAAAAUGCCUGAAAUCAAAAAAUUCCCUUCAAUAACUUCUAGAUCUACUCCUUCUUGUUCAAUCAAGCCAACUGCGUCCAAGACCCAUUGGAUCCCGGUUUCCGCGCCAUUCAAACGGCUUCCUUCUUCAGCAGCGGUCUGGUUAUCCAACCCAGCAUCAACGUUCUCAGCAGGGCGAGUAAUUAAAAAAAAGGAAGAAAUAAUGGUGAUCACCGUUUCAGACGGUCCAAACGUUGGUCAAAGCGACGACCUACAAGAUGAACAGCGUUUUGGUUGAUGACAUGAUGCAAUGCUCGGUUCCUUCCUACCGAGUGUUCUUCGCCGAUUCUUCUACCACCAAUUUGAUUUUCUUGGCUGUUGGAGGUGAGAAGAUGAAGCUCACAAGAAAGCAGAGCUAGUUGAAAAUCUUCUGAGCAAAAAAUGAAUCCCGUAGACUGCACAAGCAACAAAAAAAAUCAAACUAGGGUGACAUUAUUGUAAGCCGCUUCAAGCUGAAGUUAGUAGUACUUUCCAAGAAAACAGAAAUCCUGAUCAACCAUGAUUUAUUUUUAGAAAACCUCAUUGUCUCCGUCACGGAUCCCAACGGAAGCUCCUCCACUUUGGUGCCCAUCAUCACAACUGGAACAACCUUCUUCUACGAGAUUAUUUCGCCGAUCGUCGGAGAGCAUCUGAUGACUGUCACCGCUGCAAAUGUAAUUAUAGAAAUCUCGCAAGUACGAAAUAAGAAGUUUUAGCCUAAUACUCCUUGCUCCUACCGUGUCAUGGCCCGAUCCGAGUACAAUCUCUUCCUGGGAACGACUGACAUCGUCAGUGAAGACGCUGGAGAUUCUGAACCAGUUCUUGGUGAGAUUAUCAUUCAUUUGUGUUUUGAAACGGUUUCUCUCGAAAAUGAACAACAUUACGAAAAGAAAUUUAAAACAUGUGAACCAAACAGAGCCUCAAAAAUUGAGAAGGUCAACUGAAAACAAUCAAAUUGAGAAGAAAAACUUUAAAAGCCCUUUCUCGAAACCCAAAAUCGAUGUAAUAAACAUUUUUGAUUCCGAUUCUACCCACAAAAAAAUGAAGACUAAAAAAAUUAAUUUCAUAACUAUAUUUCUUAUAGCUUAUUCACCUCGGAUUCUUAUAAGUUCAAUAAAAUAGAAAAUAUAAGUUUGUGUUUUUUUCUUCUGCUUUUCUCAAUUGCAAAAUUUCCCAUCGAAUCCCCAUUUUUCAGGCCAAUCUCAUCAUUUUGUCGCUCAGCUCACCGGCUUGAAGGACAAUGUCAAGGAUCCAUUCCGAUUGUUCUCGGAAAUCACGAUCACUACCAAUUGGAACAAUGAUAACAUUUAUCAGAAGCCUGUGUACUAUUCCAGCGGUGAGAAUUUCAAUUGUGACAAAGGAAUUUUGUGGAAUGGCUAUAAGCGUUGUGGUUGCGGAACUUGUUUCGAGUCCCGACCGAUUUGGAGGAAAAUUAAACCUUUGAAAGUUUAUUCAACUGAGAUUUUUUGAGCCGUUUUUCAUUUAAAAAAUUAGUUAUAAACUUUUGAACAAUCAUUUUGCAGGAAAGUAUCGAAACGGAUGCGGCUAUCAUCUCUACUUCGGGGCUGCCAACAUCUGCGAGUUCAUGUACCAGCCCUUCUAUGCUACUGUAGAAAAUCUGAGAGAAAAUAAGUUGGAAAUGGCUUUAUUCAGGUCUACGCUGAUGACGGAAAUGGCUACACGAUCCAGAGAACAACUGUCGGAUAUUGCAGUGGAAGUGAGUUUUUCAUAUAUUUUCCGAACUUGAAAAGUAAUAUGAUCACGUUGGUUUUUGAGAUUUAUAAGCGAUAAUUACUAGAUGCAGUUUUCUACGCUGAUUAAGAACCUGGUCUAUAGUCUGUGUGCCAAGACUUGAAAUUUCACCGAACGAUUUUCCGCUGUUCUGCUGCGUCGCGAAACGUCGUUGCGAGCCUCGGUCUUGCUUUGAAUUGGUUCUCAUUUCUAGUAGAUGGACUGUUUCACUUGGAACACGUGUUGGUCGAGUUCUUAAAUGAAAUGAAAAAUUAAAAGCGCGCAAAGGCACGCAGCGUAACAGCGGAAUGUCUUUACGUGAAAUUCCAAGUCGUGGUACACAGACUAUAAAAGAUUGUCGCGGACGUCUGUCAAAAAUUUUGAAGAAGCCUUGUUUCUAGCAUAUUUAGUUCUUGACCAUGUUAUCACGAGUAUUUUAUUUUUAUCAUCGGAAAAAAAAACACUUCGGCUAGGGGCUCGUAAGGAAUUGUAUAACAAGUUUUCAGCUCCAACAACACCUUAUCCUCCUAACACUUGCCAAAACGGUGGAGUUUUUGAUCCGACCGACAAUUCGACCUGCAUUUGUCCGCCGAACUUCUCCGGCAAAUUGUGAGAAUCUUCUUCAUGAUUUUUUGUUCUAAUACUGUUUUGGGAGCAUUUUCUUAAAUUUUAUCAGGAUAUCAUUUUGUCAUUAUUGCUAAUUCGCGAGAACCGUUUCAAGUCGGGCGAUUUCCCUAACCGUCUUGUCAUUUCAAAUGCAAAAGUUUGUUUCAAAAAACCAAUAAAUCAAAAAAAGUGUUAGAAACAGUGAAGUUAUAAAUAUCUUUCUCAGCUGCGAGCAAAUCGUCUGCACAAAUGGCGGAACUCCGGCUGGAACUUUCUGUACCUGCCCUGCUGGAACCGGUGGAAUCUUCUGCGAGCAGUGUAAAUAUUUCAAAAAUUUCUAUAAUUCGAAAAGAAAAUAUAAUUUCUAUAAUUUUUUUCGAUACAGAUGCCUGCCCAAUCAUCAACACCGCACCUGACACUUCAUUUGGAGGACAGAGCAUGGCCUUCGUCAUUUCUGCUCGAAAAUCCAUGCAGGAUGCCUUGAACAAACUUUCUGCCAACAUUGAGGUGAUUUUUAUCAUUUCUUAAGAGUAUCUUUCAGCUUGCAUGAAAGCCGCUUGAAGACAAAAGAUCAAGUUCAAGUAAACUUUCCGUGGCCAUAAAAUACUCUCGCGUAAGCCGUUUUGAGGUCGGACGCGGCUUUAAAACAACAAUUUUAUUGAGACUUUUAAGAUUUGAGGCAAACUAACUUUAUCAUAAACCAGAUGAUUUAUUUUUCUGUUUGUUCAAUCGUGAAAGGCAAAUGUUAAGAUCCGGGAAUUUUUAGACGUUCACUCGAGAUGCUCAAGCUCAGUCGCCGACUUGGAUCAACCAAUGGAUUCUCAUCUAUGUCAAUUCUGCUGGUAACUAUUCCUUGAUCAAAUUUCUACAGAGAACUUCUGACAAGACGAUGAGAUUACAAUUUCAGGUUACAACAGAACUGUCUACUCGGACAAGCCAAGCGAUUUCGUCGCCGGAGUUCAAGAUUUGGCCGCCAAUCUGUCCAACUACAUUGUCGCACAGGAACCGGUGAUAAGAGAUUAUAAAGAAAAAAAAAAUAAUAAAUAAACAAUUCCAGAGCUGCAAAGUUCAAAUCGAAGCAGCCAUGCUGGGAGCAGCGCUGCUCUCGGAAAAACGGUCCAGCGUUUGGGUCUUUGCCGAUUCUGAUGGACCUGACGACUCUUCGUACAUUCAGCUCUAUGACAUCGCUCAGCAGUAUCAGAUCAGCGUAAGAUUAUUUUUGAUUGAACUAGCGAAAGGUUGAUUUUUCCAGUUGAACCUUGUCGGUGUUGGAAAUUCGAUCUGCACGGACCCUCAAAACAACGGACAGUUCCCGACUUACCUCACAAGCCUAGCCACGGCUUCUUAUGGUAACGUCUACAUGACGGCGCAAGUUGAUCAGGUUAGUUCUCUUCAGAUUGAAGGGGAUUUUCAUUGAAGCAAAGACAGAAAAAAGAUUAGACUUUGAAUUUCUGAAACUUGAAACUUUGAAACUUUUCAGUCUCCAGAGAAGGUUUACUGUUGAAUCAUGAAAUACUUGAAGAGUUUUUGUCCGUUCACCAAACUGUCGUUGAUCAUGCGUAGAGCAUUCCCACCCUUCUUGUUAUAGUAGUAGACGAUUUUCGAGCGUUUCCGACGAUCACCGCUUCACCAUGUAGAAACAGUACGGCGCCCAGCUUGUCCAGGGCUGACGGGCGUCGGAUUGAAUCUCAGACGAGAGCGGAGAUGAAGCCCGACCAGUCGAUUGGUAGAAAUGAUAUGAUGAAUUUCCAAUAAAGACAUGAACUUCUAAAUGCAAACAAAAAUAUUUCAUCAUUCAUUUUGGAUUCCAAGAAACACAAAUUCAAAAGAUUCGUUUUUUCUCAAAAGCUUUUCCAAACUUUCUCCUGUUUUGAACAGUUUUUAUUGAUUUUUAUGGUACAAAAUGAAGGCCGUGACCUAAUUUGAUGCUACAAAUAAUGAUGAAAAGGCAGCUUUUCAGAAGCUUUUUUCAGAUCCUCUUCUUCAUCGUCAGCAUGUACAAGUCCGGAGUUUCUCAUCGUUACGUCGUUGACGAUUGUACUCAGCCAGUGUCCUACUACAUGCCAGUUGACGGCUGGACUCAAUCCCUCACGAUGGGUGAAAAUAAUCUCUGUGAAAAAAUAGGGAACUGAAAGUUCAGCCGUGACUGGACCAAACCUGAAGAGCGUCACUGUCCAAUAUCCUGAUGGUUCCCCUGCUCUCAAUAGUGAUCUUGAAAUCGUUUCCAUCAACGAUCCAGAACUCAAGCUCAACCAGUACAUGCCUCGUGAGACUUUUUUUGGGUUUUUCGAAAAUCUCGUGAUUUUAAGCUUGCGACGGCCGGUUCUGGAACUUCCGCCAACAGAACUGCUUCAAGUUCGACUCGAAUAAGGUAAUUUAAAACUUUGAAAGCUCUUGUAAGACUUUCACCUGUCUGCACUUUUUCACAGCCUCUUAGAAAAAAACUUAACGCCUUCUUUUUAAUUAUUUUAUUUUUCAUUACUUUUCAUAGCAAUCUGAUCAUUCCCGUUUUUUUUUUAAUGUUUUCAACAUUUAGCUCGCUUGGUUUGACGGCUGGAGCUACUGCCACAACGAGGGCGGAUUCAUUGCGCACAUCGAAAACCAAGACACUAAUGAUUUUUGUCAAAGGUACAUAUACUUCAAAUACUUCGAAGAAAUCGAUUUAUUAUUUAUCCAUGAAAAAAAUCGUAACUGAAAAUGUUUAGGUCUAAAAAGUUUUUAUAAUUACAUAAAAUUGUUAUAUGCGCCCGACUGGAAACAGUUUGCGUGAUAUAUCGAAUAGCAAGCUUUUGAGCUCCUGAAGGCCACAAUUCGUGAAAUUUCCAAAAACCAAGAUUUGAGCCCCACAUUGAGCUAACACAUUGAAUCUUUUCAAAUCCUAAAAUAAUCAAAAAACGAGGAAAAUUUUAGGACAAGCCUCUCCUUACACGAUCUGGAUCGGUCUCGUUUUUAACGCUGGUCAAUGGUACUGGGACGUUCCUGACGGCAACCGAGCUCAGCCUCUGGUAAAUGGGAUUGAACUUUGAAUAAAACUCACGGCUUUGUUCUAGGGAGCUUACCAAAACUGGGCCGACGGAGUUGAUCCGAAGAAUCCAGCAUUCCACUACGUUGCCAUGAACGCGGACGGAAAAUGGGUGCCAACCGACAUGAGUUCUCAGAACUACGUCGCUUGUCAGAAGCACCGUUACGGGCAGGGAUUGUACCCCGGAGAGUCAGCCAGUGAGUUUCAGAAUCAAGAAUGAGUUGAUAACGAUUUUGAAAAACAGAUGUCAUACCCGGCGGUUUGUGGAAGGUCACUGUUCAAUCCAACGCCGGCAGCUGCUCAGUCCAAACUCGAUCUCAAUCUGAAAUCCAGGUAAUUAUUGAAGUCAGGUAACCUUCCCAAAAAUUUAUUCCAGGUCUUUUUCGGCUUCGUCCAAGAUCCCCAUACCGAUUAUCCAGAAACCUACGCUAAUAUCCAGUCUCGUAAGCUCAAAAACUUGAUGUUUCUGUAGGUUUAAACAUUUUAGAGUCCAACUAUCUUGUUGCCCUUCCGACCAGCAUUAAUCCCUUCAGCCCCGACAACUCGAUGGAAGGUUUUCAAAGAAAAUACUCGCAAAUUUAUAAAAAAAAUACAACUUAGGACGCCUCAAUUACGCCGUCCUUGCUGAAAACGGAACUGUGGCUUUCUCACUUCCGCUCAACAACCGAUGGUAGCGUAUAUUUUUUGACUUUUCCUAGUAAAAAAAAGAACUUAACGCGUUUUUAACUUGUCCGCACUUUUUUAAACUUUAAUGGGAUCAGCUUCACGACUGAAAUAUAGUUAUUGUGAAAGUGCGACCGACCAGAAAUGAGCUUCGCAGUGUUGCACAGGAAUAUUAUGCCCAGCGACAAUUUUCGCGCAUUUUUUCGAACUCCUUUAAUUAAAACGCAAGGCGGUUUCCAACGUCGAAUCAUUUCCAAUGCGGCUCAGAACAUCGAUUCAAUAUAAUAAUUUCUCCAGGUCUUGCUCAUAUCCUUUCAUUUCUUCUCCAUUCACUUGCCCACAGGACCAAGGCAGCGUCUCUGACUUCUCCAUCAAGGUUUUUCUUGGCCUACAACAUUUUUAAAAUCAAACUUUUUCAGUUCACUGGUAUCGAUCAAUACGGCUACGCUUUUGAGCGGUACUCGGACGCGAUUUGCACAAAAUACGGUAAAUCUCGACCAUCAAUAUUCAAAUUGACAAGUUAUUCAGUCACGAAAUGCAACAACGGCGGAUUCCUGAACAACGGUGUCUGUGUCUGCCGUCCUGGAUGGAUCGGUACCAGCUGCAGUACUCCAGUUUGCCAGAAUAAUGGAUACGAACGAAUGGGACGUUGUGUUUGCCAGCCGAUGUUCACUGGAACUUUCUGCGAGAGUCGUGAGUGAUUUUCUACAUAUUUUUUGAAAAAAACAUAAGAUUUUGAAUUUCGAUUCCAAAGGACUUCAACAAGAAAAGAUCGGAAGGAAUUAUUUGUUCAGCCUUCUGCGAGCCGCCAAUGCCCAAAGUCUUCAAGGACACCGGCAGAACCUUGGCAAUCCUUCUGGAGACGUCGACCAACAUGGGCGCCACAAUCUACCAGAUGAAGAGAAAUAUCAAGGCGGCUCUUGAUAACUUCAACAACGACCCAACGACUGCUGGAUGGUUCUCCAACUACGUCCUCUAUCCUUUCGAUUCCGGUAUAUAUUCCUCUAGAAAAAUUCAAUUAAAUAAACUUGCAGUCGCAAACAAGGCUUCUUGGUAUCCCGUCGUUCAGAGUCAGAAUUCGGACGAUAUUGUGGCCGGUAUCAAGAACAUCAGCACCAACUCUUGCCCUGGAAAUCAGCCAUGCUCCAGUUGUGAGUUAUCUAGAUUUUUUUCAAGAGAAUGAGGACCAAGAAUCUCUUCUUUUUGAAGACUACAAAGUUUUUGAAGCCAUGUAUAGAUUUUCGAUCAAUUCCUCGAGACCAACUGAAAAUUAAGCUCUUUUUUCGAGUCGCUGAAUGAAAAUUAUUUUCAGCUUGCCCAAGACCGAUCGUCAGCGUCCUGCAAGAUGUACUGAACAUGGACGGCUUUGCGACUCCUAACUCAGUGAUUUUGGUUGUCACGAGAUCUUCUCCAGAAGAUUACCUUCAAGUCGGAACAAUCGCCCAGAAGCUGCAGGAAUCCAAACCAUAUGUAAGUAAUCGAAAUAAACUAUCUUUAAAUCGCUUCACCGUUCCAAUUGGUCAUACAAAUCAUCGGAGAAAAAUUAAACUCCAGUCUGGAAGCUUUCAGGUCAACUUCGUCUACCCUGCGAUUGACUCGCCUUGUGGAAACGGCUGGAAUACACCGGAAGCUGGUGCUUUGUACAGAAUCGUCGGUUACAGUCAAGGAAACGCUUUCACAGUUUUAAAUAAAAGUUGAAUUAGUUUUGAAAAUUGGCUUGCAGAUGAGCGCAACCGAUUUCUCAGUCAACUUUUUGCAAAAGUACAUUCCGACCUUGUAUUCUUCUGGAGGACUUGCCGCCUCUACAGGCAAUUGCACCUAUGAAGAAGUCAUGUUCCAGGUGAGAAGUUUGGAAAUUGUUUUCGAAAAAUCAAUACCAUGCUUGAAAUCGAUCUCCUGAUGAUCCUUGUUGAAGAAGUUUCUCGUAAAAAAAUUCACAAAAGGCAUAACUUGGAACUUAUUUGAAAAAGGAUCGAAAAAAUGUCAGAAUCGCUUCUUUUUGAAAAGUUCGAGUCAUUUUCUAUUUUUUUUUCGAUGAAUGAUGUUAUAGACUGACACUUCUGAAUAAAAAAGGUGUCAUGGAGUGAUCUUACUCAAAAUAAUUUUUUACCUUUCAGGUCGAGUUCGAAACCUACGAGUUCACCAUCGAUUACUACCAUCCUUCAAUGGGCGCCAUCACCGUUUACGAUCCUACUGGUGACUUUUUGUUAGCAUAUCUCCGUUCAAAUGAAACAUUUUUUCAAUCAAAUUUGCCAAUAAGUGUGCAGAAAGCUUAAAAACGUUACCUUCAAGGGAUACUCUUUUCUUGCAAGAGAAAUUCUGAUUUUUUCGCUUCAUUUUUCAGGUCAACAAGUGAUCCUCCCCAACAACAUCAUCAACAGUGACACCAAUUUCAUCGGUGUUGUGGCGGUGAGAAUAAAUAAUAUUUCCAAGAAAAAAGUUCGUUCAGGUCAACGAAACGGGAGCCACAAAGGCAGGAACUUACCGAGUAGUUAUUCAAGGUGGUGGUGGUAAUACUUGCUUCUUGAGCGUUCGUGCUCGGUCGAGCAUCGAGGUUGGAAUUGGAAAUUUUCGAGGAAGCGAGGUUUUUUUUCAGAUCUACCUCGGAUUUGUCGAUUCUUCUGCUGAUCAGUACCAAGGAGCCAAUCAGGACAAUGCUCAUUACGCCCCUGUUGUUUGUCAGUUUCGAUUCAUUUUUCUCAGAAUUUCUCAUAUUGACCAGAAAAUAACUCGAUUCAAAUUUGAAAUAUUGAAAUGAAGAGAAAAAAAAAUGUUAAGAAAUAGUUCUUUCGAGACCGGUUGCUUGUAUCGAAAUUCUGGAAGGGACAAUAUCAAAAUUUGCUUUGGAACACGAGGAAAAAAUCCAUUUUUUCUUUCUCAACCCAUCACAUACAACAAAAAUAACCUAAACCUUUAGUGGAAAACAACACGGUGGUCGUCCACGCAGCCGGUCUUGGCAAAGGAGUUCUUCGAUACGUGCAGAUGGUUGCCCCAGCCUACGGACUCGUUCACACUUCCGAAAUGAAACGACGUGAUUCUGGUUGCAGCUAUGAAUGGUAUUCGACCCAGCCGAUGGCCUACGAUUAUGAUGUAAGUUCCAUUCUGAGAAUUUAGGUGAAGAAUUGGUAGAAAUGAUUAUUCGAAACCACAAAACUUUUCAGUUCAUAAGAGAGAAGGCUCAAAGUCAAAAAAUGACUUUUCGAGUCGGCCUAAAAUGUUUUUUUUUUUAUUUUCAGUGAUCUUCUUUAGAUAUGAAUUGAGCACUUUUAAAAGAUAACUUUUUGACAGAACCUGAAAUUUUUGUCUUGAAAGCGGUACCACUCCGAUUUUUUUUCACGAUGGGAAAAUUAUCCCUUCUAAUGGGAGUUUGUUAUCAUAAGUUUGAACACGUUCAGACUCUCAAUGUCAUUAUCUACGGACGUGACGAGCUCGGCUACUACUUCUCCAGAAGGUUCCAAAUCACCACUGUUGGCACCAGGCCUAUCGUUAAGCGUGAGCAAACUUAUCAAUUUUCUUGAAAAAUUCAUGAUUUUCAGCUCCCCCGGCGUUCUGCGAUCUCAACGCGGUCACUCAAGACACACUCUUCAUCAUCGACGGUUCAAUGAAGCCUUCCGAAUCCACUUUCAGCAUAGUAUGACUUUCAUCCUGAUUUUCAUGAAAACUUACUUUUUUUCAGCUGAAACACUUUGCUGCUCAAUCCAUGCAGCCUUACAAUUAUGGCAGCUCUCUGGCUCAAGUACGAAAUCUCUUCAAAUUUUUAGGGAAAUAAGAAAUUUUAAGGUCGCCGCGAUGACUUUGGCCGAAUCUCCUCAAGGAGGAUUCUCCUUCAACGCCGGAGAAAACUCAUACGACCGAGUUUCUGGCCUCAUUAACAACUUGACCGCUCCUGGAACUGCUGGCCAGAACGUCACUGCGUUAGUUUCUUCUUAGAUUUAGUUUAAUUCAUCCAUUUAAAAAAAACGUAUUUGAAACACGACAAAAGUAUUGAAAGUUAUAUUUUAAGGAAAAACGCUUGAUAAAAAUUUUUCCUCUAUUCAUUUUAUGUUUAUCCCAACUUUUUCUAGAGCCCUUCAAUACGUGAUUGAUUACUACGACAAUCCAGCUCAAGGCUACAGAACGGACCCCAAUGUGAAGCAUCUUUUGGUCUACAUCACGAAUACCAAGUUGGUUUUACAGAUUUUAUUUUUCUUAAACGGGCAAGCAAAAGGUAUAAAUUCGAAAAAAGGCUUCUUAUAACUUGGGUAUAAAGCUUGAAUUCCCCUUGAGAUGUUGAAUCAGAUUAAUCUCACUUGGAAGUAUGCUCCGAAAAAUUCAUUAACAAACUUUAGCCCCACGGACGCAGACCCUAGCUCUCUGGUACGAAACAUCAAGCGGUCCGGUCUCUACGGAAUCAUCGUUGUCGCCUUGGAUAUGGUUAAAAUAACCAAAAAUGAUUCACUUUUUUAUUUUUCCAGCAACCAUCGCAAGCGCUGAAGAACAUGGUCGGCUCCAACUGCUUCUACUAUUCUGAAGAUUACCACGACUUGAUGAACUACGGUGUCAACUUUGUUCAAUUGCAAUCCUGCCUGUGAGUUUCAAAAAAAGUUCUAGGCAAGAUAAAAUGAACUUUCAGACGCAACAACCCAUGCAAUGUCUGA